CUAAGGUAGGUACUAAUAAGUGAAUAUGUAUAAUAUAUAGGUAAAAUAUGUUAUCAACUUCGAUGGUGAUCACAUGAGCCUCCUAAGCUGAAACUGAACUCACGUCAUUCGUUUGGGUCGUAUUUACAACACUAUUAUAAAAAUACUCAUUCGGAAUAAUGGAAAAUUGUGACUAUCUAUCGUCUGCGUAUAAUGUUCUCCGGUGGAUCGGUGUAUUUCCCUCGAGUGACUCGCACUCGACGAUAUGGACGCGCCUGGCUUUUAAUUUUUACAGGGUGAUCAUUUUUAUCAUCCUGGCCUUGUUAACGAUUCUGAUGAUGGUUCAGAUGUUAGUCACCACCGACCUAACAAUGUUGGCAAAGACCAUAGAUAUUUGGACCAUGUUUUUCUCGGGCCUGUACAAAUGGAUUUAUAUGACGAUGUUCAACUGGGAAUUUGUUCAGCUCAAAACCGCAUUGACACAAUUACAAACUCAAGGAUCGAUGGCGUACGGACGCUCAGCUGAUGCGUUUACUGCCGACUAUUUAAAACAAAUGCAAAAGAUCAGCUAUUGGUAUUUAUUCGGCGGUAUUGUUGCGGGUAUUUUUAUAAUUGUCAGUCCCCUGUUGACUUAUUCAAAAGGUGACCGAUCCGAUUUUCAAUACUACAAUGAUCCAAAAAGUUACCCUUUAAGCUGUUGGAUACCAUUCACAUUGAACGAAAAUUAUAUGUUUUUAGUAGUUUUUGUCUGCCAUUCUAUUGCGUUGUUUUUAAUCAUAUUAGUAUAUUUGGGUAUUGAUACAUAUUUUUUUGGAGCAAUUUAUGCUGUCGGUGGUCAAAUCGAAUUACUAAACACAUCUCUAAAUAAUAACGAAAACAAUUUAGCACAACUUGAAAAUUCUUCGUGUACCAACCAAACUUUAAUUUGUACUGAAAAACAACGAAUGCGUUGCUACUCGACACUCCGAGAAUGUGUUAAACACCACAUUCUAGUCCUCGAUUAUAUAAAAAAUAUACGUAAAUUAUUUAGCACACUUAUACUUAUGGAUUACUUACAUGGAAUAACCUCGUUGACAUUUGCAUUGUUUCAGUUAACGAUUAGUGCCAGCGUAAUCGAAACAAUCAGUGUAAUAUGUUUCAUUUGUAUGAGUGUUUGGCAUCAAUACCUCAAUAACUUUUUUGGUGAAUUUAUCAUACAAAAACAAUUAAGUGUUUGCACGGCAUUGUAUAACGUUCCGUGGUGGCGAUGCGACAAAAGAGUACGACAAUUACUGACGUUAAUGAUUUUGAGAUCUAUAAAACCAACUUUAAUAUCAGGAUAUUACAUGUACAAAUUAAGUUACGAGUCGUUCAUUUCAUUUGUAAAAGCACUAUACACUUACUAUAUGGUAUUAAGGCGAGUCAAUAUGGAAGACAUAAAUGCAUGA